AUGGCAACUCCAGCUCAUCCAUCCGUAAUGCGCGCCUGGGUCCAUUCCCGCGCCGGCACUCCCACCACCGUCCUCUCCCUCUCCCCCACCCACCCCACACCAACGCUGACAAGCCCCGCCUCCGUCCUGGUCCGCGUCUCCCAUGCAGCCCUCAAUCCCGGAGGCUCCAUAAUGAUGCAGCUGUGCCCCUCCAUCCUCCGUUCCUUCCCCGCAGUCCCCGAACUGGACUUCUCCGGCACCGUCGUUGCCGCCGGCGACUCAAUCCCUGAAGCACAAAGGGACGAGCUGCAGCCGGGCGCAGCGGUUUUUGGAUCCGUGCCGGUGGGCUUGCACCUCAGGGCUGGCACGGGCGCGCUGGCUGAGUAUGUCGUGGUGCCGAGCGACAGCGUCUGCGCUAUGCCCAGGAAUAUGAGUUUCGAGGAAGCCGCGGGUUUGGGCGUUGCGGGUAGCACGGCGCUGUGCCUGGUGGAAGCCAUGCGGCUCGGCAGAGGUAACAAGGUCCUCAUCAACGGCGCUAGCGGCGGGAUCGGGACCAUGGUUGUGCAACUCGUUAGGAAGGCCGUCGGAGAGUCUGGAAUGAUCGUAGGAGUCUGUUCGGGGCGGAACGCCGAGAUGGUCAGGGGCCUGGGCGCGGAUGAGAUAGUGGACUAUACGACGUUUACGAAGGAGGCACCGCUCCACGGCUAUCUUCAACGCCAUCACUCCCAGUCCUGCUUCGAUGCUGUCGUCGAUUGCCGCGGCGUGCAGGAGCUCUAUGCGCAUUGUACAGGUUAUCUUAAAGAUGGGAAACCGUUUGUUACGGUUGGACCGGCUCCGGAGGAGUACACGAUCUCGGGAAUGCUCUACACACUGCUACUGAUGCUGAGGAACGCUGUGGGUAGUGCGUUGCCGAUGUGGCUAGGGGGCGUGGGGAGGAAGUAUCUGCAGGUCAAUGGACUGGUGGACUCGGAAAGUUUGAGGAAGUUGAGGGGGAAGGUGGAAGAGGAUGGAAUGAAGGUUGUGGUUGAUGGUUGUUGGAGGAUGGAGGAUGCCGUAAUGGCGUAUGAGCCGAUAUUGAGCAAGAGGGCCCGAGGAAAGGUGAUAGUUAAGGUCCAGGAUCCUUCAGAGAAGCUUGAGUUUGGAGAUUAG